AUGACCAUCUCGUCAAUUUCCCUUCCGCUUAUUCUUUCUUUCGCCUCCCUUCUUCAGACUCUUCAGACUCUUGCUAUUCAAUCUUCCGCUCUGCUCUUCUUUCUCAACAACAAGAACAGCAUCGUCAUCGUCCCCUCUCAUCCCUUUUUACCCCUCAUCAUCACCACACUUUCCCCUCCCGCGCGAGCAAAUCCCCUUCAACCACGCUCACUUACAUGGCAUUGCAAGCACAGCGCUGCAUGCAGCACAUGGUGUAAUCCAUCCACGCACAUGUGCAUUCAAUAA